UUCUGACAUUCGCACGUGAAGUGAUUUUUCGCACGUAAAAAAAUUGAAUUCCUUUACUUAAAACUUAAUUGAAAACCACAAAAACAUGUCCACUGAUAAAUUAUUACGAUGCUACAACAAGGGUUGCGGAAAGGAGUUCAAAGAAGGCGRCGAAAGCGAAGAUUGCUAUCACCAUCCAGGUGUUCCUGUUUUYCACGAUGCUCUCAAAGGCUGGUCCUGCUGUAAGAAGAGAGUUACUGAUUUUACUGAAUUUCUUAACAUUGCACCCUGUACAAAGUCCAAACACAGCAACAUCAAACCCCCAGAACCUGUCAAGAUAGAAGAAAAGCCUUUAGAGAAAGACGAGAUAAUUGAAGUGAGACAACCACUUAAAACAUUAAAAGAACCGCAGCAAAGACCAAGUGAUGAUUUACCAAAAAUCAAACUCAAAACUACAGUCACUCAUUCCUUAAAGCAAGCACUUCUUAAACUCAAAGAACAGAGCGAGCAACAGAAAUCUAAAGAAGCUGAUGAUGACUCCGAUACCAUCAAACCAGGAACAAUGUGUCAUAAUAAUGCUUGCUCUACAACUUAUAAAAAUGAAAGUUCUAAUGAUGAGAAGUGCUGGUACCAUCCUGGUACUCCUAUYUUCCAUGAAGGAUAUAAAUUUUGGACCUGCUGUCAGAAAAGAACAUCUGAUUUCAAUGAGUUUUUAAAGCAAGAAGGUUGUACACCUGGUGCACAUCGCUGGAAGCUCACAGAAGAGGAAAAAAAGAAACUAGUAGUAUGCAGAUAUGAUUGGUAUCAAAUGGGAAACACUGUAGUUCUUUCCAUUUAUGCUAAAAACUGUGAUCCAGAACAAACGACCAUAGAAGCAAAUCAAACUAUUCUCAACGCWGACGUUAUAUUUGGAGAAUCGAACUCAUUUCAAUUGAAUAUUAAACUUAACAAGCUCAUAAAUCCAUCCAAAAGCUCAGUCACUUUAUCUGCUACAAAAGUAGAGAUAAAACUACAAAAGGCGGACAUUGGUGCAUGGAAAACACUUGAAAUCACUGAAGACGAGGAAAAUGACAAAAUYGUUAAAUAACACAAAUGUUGUAAGAAUUUUUUGUAGUUGGAAUAGCCCGUAAGUAUUAAGUUAAGCCACAAACCUUUAUGGCACGAAUAGAAUUGCAAAAAGCGCGAAUUUGUGUAUGGAAAACAUUUUAACGACGAACAAAAUGACAAAAUUCUUAAAUCAAAAACUGAAAUAUUGUAAGAAUUUUCUGUUGUAUAUUAUCUUUACAUUUAUUACUAAAUGUUAUUCACUUUGAUUAUAAGGUUUUUUUGGUAAGAGAUAAACAUGCAAAAAACAGAAAUUCGCGAUGACAAACACUAAAUUUAGGACUCAAAUGUAAGAAUUCUUUAAUAUCUGUUAUUAUAUUAUUACAAAUAAAUUUGUAAACCGGAUGGUUGUCCAAAGUUAAAA